AUGGCACCAAGUUCCUCUUUCCUGCCUAAUGGCUGCAAGGAGAGCAUUCUCUGCAGAACAGUGCAGCGGUCCCAGGAAAGCUCUCCCAUUGCCCAGAGCCCUGCCGGUCCCUGUCAGCCCUGCCCCCCCCCCCCCGCCCCACCCCCCACCCCGCCUCCAUGGCGGGUUGCGUUUUCCUGCUUGGCGAUUUCUGCUUCAUGGCAGGCUUUUGGCUUUUGUUGCCCCUCAGGAGAUAUCAAACAAGAGCCGGGGAUGUACCGGGAGGGCCCCACCUACCAAAGGCGGGGUUCCCUUCAGCUGUGGCAGUUUCUGGUGGCCCUCCUCGACGACCCCUCCAAUUCCCAUUUCAUUGCGUGGACCGGCCGCGGCAUGGAGUUUAAGCUCAUCGAGCCUGAGGAGGUGGCCCGGCGCUGGGGCAUUCAGAAAAACAGACCGGCCAUGAACUAUGACAAGCUUAGCCGCUCCCUCCGCUAUUACUAUGAGAAGGGCAUCAUGCAGAAGGUGGCCGGAGAAAGAUACGUCUACAAGUUCGUGUGCGAUCCCGAGGCGCUCUUCUCCAUGGCCUUCCCAGACAACCAGCGCCCCCUGCUGAAGACCGACAUGGAGCGCCACAUCAAUGAGGAGGACACCGUGCCUCUGUCCCACUUCGACGAGAGCAUGGCCUACAUGCAAGAUGGCGCCUGCUGCGAGCCGCACCCCUACAGCGAAGGCUACGUGUACUAGCCACGGGACCGCACGGCUGGGGGGCGACCCCUCCCGCGCCUUUUCCUCUCUCAGCAGACGUGGAGAAGAAAAGAGGAAAACUCUUCAGUCCGUUUUUUAAAGAAUAGUCACCACACACACACACACACACACACCCGGGGGUUCUCCUGUUGCAUCAUCCUAUGGUCUGCCAUGGACAGAGCACUUUACUAGAGGGGGGAGGGGAGGAGUCUCAGCAUUGAUUCGAUGUAACAGGAAGAAGGUGGGGGUGGGGGUGGGGAUUCCUUUUUAUGUAGGCUUGGGAAGGGGUCAUACCGGUUUGAAGUACAAUGAAGCUAUACCGUGUCUGUUUUGUUUCCUAUCAACAUAAGAUAAUGUACAUUUUCUCUGGGUAGCCCCAGUACAGUUCAUUCUUGCUGUAGAAAGAACCACUGAGGGAGGCUUGGCAGAAGAAGGGAAUGCCUCGAGCAUUUGUCCUGUCAUGUCCAAGAAUCUGCAGGUGUUGGGGAGAAGAUCCUGCUCGCCCUGCGCCUGGCUUUAGUGCUGGGGCGGGGCGGGGCGGGGCUGGGCUGCAUCUACUCUGUUUCCGGAUGCAUUUAAAUAAUGCCAUAAGCAUCCUCUCACCUCCCUCUUCCCCUCCUCUCCCCUCCCUCUUCCUCUCUUCCUCGCGCUCUCUCUCCCUCUCUGUCUUUCUCUCUCUUCCGUUGUCUUUCUCUGUUUCUCACUCUCUCUGUCUCUGUCUCUGUCUCUGUCUGUCUCUCUGUCUCUGUCUGUCUCUCUCUGUCUCUCUGUCUCUCUCUGUCUCUGUCUCUCUGUCUCUCUGUCUCUCUGUCUCUCUGUCUCUCUGUCUCUCUCUCUCUCUGUCUCUCUGUCUCUCUGUCUCUCUGUCUCUCUCUCUCUCUCUCUCUCUCUCUCUCUCUCUCUCUCUCUCUCUCUCUCUCUCUCUCUCUCUCUCUGUCUCUCUCUGUCUCUCUCUCCCUCCCUCACCCCCUUUCCCCCUCCCUCCCUCUCACCUGGCUCCCAGAAAAUCUCCACAAUGGGCCAUUUUCUCUGAAGCCCAUUGUGUCUGCUACAGCCCUUCCUGAUUGGCUCCCUAGCGGAGCCGCAGACCAAUGGGGAAGCCCACUCCAGGGAGGAUGGGGGCUUCUGCUGUCCGUCCGUCUGGGGUGCUGGUCUUUUUCUCCGGGCCGAGCUCAGCUAUUUAACCAGAGGAAUUCACUGUACUGGGUCCAUAUCCAGGCCCGCUGUCGUAGACGCGGUGUGCACUCCUCCAGAAAGACUAUCCAAUACACUAACUAGGUACUUUAGUCCUUUUUAGAAGCCGUCCGUCCGUCCGUACGUUCGGUGCCCAUGAAUAUGCAUUUAAGCCUUUUCUGCUGUGUUACGUUGAUGACAUAUAUAAACACUAGAUAACGCUAACGCUUCUGCUGCUGCCUUUUCUGUCCUGUUCUCUUCGAGGCUCAAUUGACAACGACCAUUGAUAAGCAACGCCUGCCGUGACUACAGGUAGCAUUUCAGGACAAAAUAGAUGACUUGAACCAUUUAUUGCUUAGAAAAUCGCUUAUGCCCUAGCUGGACGCUCAGCAGCUUUCUGUGCAUCUACGAGGAAUACUGAGCUUCGGCUUGCUGAGGGCUGCACUGAGGGCACUUGGGUAACUUUCCAUGGAAGGGGGACUCGUUGAUAGACUGCAAGAACGCUCUGAAGUCGCUGCGGGCCGCGGUGGUGCCGGCACUGACGUUAUCCACUCACUUGUCUUGGAAGCUCGCUGGAAAUGGGUUGGGAAGCAGAUUUCGAGUUGGGGGUUGGUCUCUCUUUUUCCUUUGGUUUCCUUUUUUCCUUUUGGGAGAAUCAGGAAAGCUGGAUGUUUUAUGCCACUCGGGGUGAAAAAGCGAUCUCGGCCGUUUUUCAUUUGCCUCUUUAGGCUCCCCUUUCUCCAAGUCCCCUUCUCAAUUCAAGGAAAGGAAACGAGAAAGGCUGGGAAGCAGGGCGCCUCGGAGGAGACCCGCUGGCACAGUCAGCCCUCUCUGAAGGGUGUUCCCGACGGCACCAUCAGUGACACCACCGAAGAGUUGAGGGAUGUGAAUUCUCUCCCACAUCUCCAUUCUGGGUGGCCAUUGAACUCUCCAAGGCUAGCAGUGAUGGAGGCCCCAGUUAAGAAGAGGAGACCCGAACUCUGGACAAUGGACACUCAAUCCUAUAAGCAACAUAUUCUAGGCAUGUGUUCUUCUGUGCACGUGAAUCGGAAUAAAUGGGUUCAUGGGGAUAUCUUGGAAAUUAGUUAUAUAUAUGUAUCUAUAUAUAUCUAUUUUUUUGUCCCUCCUAGCCUGAGCUCCUGCAGCCAUUGACUUUGCUUAAAAAAAGAGUGAUCGAAGAAGACUCAGCACACAUUUUAGUGGGAUGGCGAUUGGGAUCCCCAAAGUCUGGAAAUUAGCUUUGAGGAGAUUCAUUGAAAAUCCCAUCCAAAUGAGUCUGCCGAGAGAAUUCUUUGCUAGUUUGGGUUCUUACAUGUCAGUGUAGACUAGAGCAUCUCGAAUCUGGAGCAUAAGGGGAUGAAACAAAGUAUCUGCAUCCAUUAUGUAAUUAAUAUUUAAGGAUAAAAAUAUAUGUUAUGCUGUAUAAGGUAGUGACUCACUGAAUGAAACAAGAAACCAGUCCAAUGUUAAGUCAUUUCCCAGCAAAAGAAGGAAAAAAUAUAUAGAUAUAUAUAUAUAUUUCAUUGAACUUUCAACUCUUUUAAAAAUGUACCUAAAGAUUUAUUUAAAGUUUUGUUUUUAUUCCACUUUGGUUUUGUUUUGUUUUCGGGUAGAUUAAUAAAUCUGGCAGCUGAUUUCUGCAA